GUUCUUUCGGUUCUGUCUACAAAGCUUUGAAUAUGGUAACUGGUGAAGCGGUAGCAAUUAAACAGGUGAAGAUCAACGAUCUACAAAAAUCGGAGCUAACUUUUAUAAUGGGUGAAAUUGAAUUAUUAAAAAAUUUAAAU